UAUCAACUGCAGAGUACAUGGGAAGAAAGGCUACAGUGUACGAAGAAUUUAGUUUUUCGUGAUAGAAAGGAUGAUCAAGAAUUUCAAGAAUCUAUGGUUAUUCUGUAAAGCCAUUGUCUUUAGUUUAAUGCUUCUAAAAUGUUCAGCUUUGACUUGUGAUAAUAAAGGCGACUGCAAAUGUAAUGCGGCUAGCGUCGAUGGAAAAUAUAAAACCAUACUCGAGAAAUUCAUCUGCGAUGGCGAUCCAGAUUGUGACGACAAUAGUGAUGAGUUGAAUUGUGCCACUAGGAACUGCAAAGAUGAUGAGCAUAAAUGUGGUAAUGGUCGCUGUAUUAAAAAGAAUUGGUUUUGUGACAAUUAUGCAGAUUGUAAAGAUGAGAGUGAUGAGUCACCACUUCGAUGCAACUUCACAACCUGUAAAUCUGAUCAGAUUCGAUGCAACAAUGGUGUCUGUUUGCCCAACUCUUUUAAAUGUGAUAGGACUACAGAUUGCUUACAUGGUGAAGAUGAGCGCAAUUGUGAUUUUUACCGAAAUUGUUCCACCAGUGAAUUUCAAUGUAAUAACAAAAAAUGUGUCAGUAAGAAAUAUGUUUGUGAUGGUGGUGAUGAUUGUGAUGAUAACUCUGAUGAAGCUAAUUGCAAAACAUGCAGUUCAAACUCAUUCUCAUGUUCGUCUGGAGAUCAGUGUAUUCCAAAGAAUCUUAAAUGUAAUGGGAAAAAUGACUGUAAAGAUGGUUCUGAUGAGCAAUCCUGUCCAACUGUGAGUAAACCCCACUUGUUUCAAAGUGAAUUAUUCUGUGAUGGUGAAUGCAAGCUUGUCUUCAAAUGUGAUGGUGAAAAUGAUUGCGAUGAUGGUGCUGAUGAGAAGAACUGUGAUGCCAUUAAAUGUGCAAUAAGCACGGAAGUUUUAUGUGAUGAUGGCAAAUCUUGUGUUAUGAAUUACAAAUUUUGUGAUGGUAAAAAUGAUUGUCUUGAUGGAAGUGACGAGAAGUCUUCAAGAUGUGAUAAAACAGAUAUAAUAAAGACUGUUUCUUGUGAUGCCGACGAUUAUCAAUGUAUGAAUUCUUCAUCAUGCAUUAAUAGCAGUCAGUUAUGUGAUAAGAAGAAGGAUUGUCCAUUAGGAGACGAUGAGCACUCUUGCUUAAGGAGUGUUUCUUGUGCUGCUGAUGAAUACCUAUGUAGGAAUUCUUCAUCGUGUAUUAACAACAGUCAGUUAUGUGAUAAGAAGAAGGAUUGUCCUUUAGGAGAAGAUGAACAGUCUUGCUUAAUAAACGAAUGUGACUACAACAACGGAAACUGUACUCACAAUUGUCAUGAUACUAAAACAAGCUAUUAUUGCUCUUGCAAGAACGGAUUCAAAUUGUCAAAAGAUAAUAGAAGCUGUAUAGACAUUAACGAAUGUGAAAUUAUUGGCGAAUGCAGUCAGACUUGUUUAAACGCUGCUGGCUCUUUUAAAUGUUUAUGCACGAAAGGUUAUAUUCUUUCGGGUGAUGAACGAGACUGCAUUCCGGGGACAGGAAAAAGAGCAGAGUUAGUUGUUGCAGCUGGGUUGGAUAUACGAAGUAUAACGACUGAUGGCUCACACUUGAAACGUUUUGUAGAAGAAAGCACUAAAAAUGCAGUUGCAGUUGAUUUAUUUCUUGCAAAACGUUUCAUGUUUUGGGCUGAUGCCUUCUUAAACAAGAUAUUCCGUUCCAAUUUUGAUACAAGCAUUGCAAAGCCACUCGUUGUUGCGACAAUCAAUGGAUUGAAGGAUCUGGCCGUUGAUUGGAUAACAGGAAAACUUUACUGGUUAUCAACAUAUCUGCAAAGCUCAUACUUCGAUGUAGCUGAAUUAGAUGGAUCCAACAGGAAAACAAUUUUGAUUUUAAAAAUCGAUAUUCACAGUAUUGUUCUCAAUCCACUCAAAGGAUACAUUUACUGGAGUUGUAUCACUACCCCAAAGAUAUCCAGAGCUAACAUGAAUGGGAAGAAUAUAGAGGACAUUGUAACAAAUUCAAUUAGAGCCCCCACUGGUUUGACCAUUGAUUAUGCUAUUGAGAAAUUAUUUUGGUUGGAUACGAAAAAACACGAAAUUGAAUCAAGUGAUUUGGACGGCCGAAAUCGUCGACCUCUCAACAUUGGGAAUCUUCAAGAUUUGUUUGAUAUUGCUGUGUUUGGUAAAUAUAUUUACUGGACAGAUCACAUCAAGAAAACUCUCUCCGCCGCGAAUAAAUUUACCGGACAAAAUAAAUCAAUAUUAAUCUACAAUGAGAAAAUUCCUAGUUUUGUGCCCAAAAGGCUUUCAGUUCGUCAUUCUCUCUCUCAACCAUCAGGCUUUAAUCCAUGUAACAAAGAUAACGGUGGAUGUAGCCAUUUAUGUUUGAUUGUUCCCAAUGGCUUCAACUGUACAUGUCCUAAUAAUGGCUCGUUAUUGAAUGACGGAAAGAGUUGCAAAAUGGCUAUGUCAGUCAAAUCCACAGAAUUUGCAUCAACAUCAACUCCAACGUCUGAAGAGUAUUCGCAAAGUUCAGAAACAACAGCAGUGCAUUUGUUAGUUACACUUGGCGCUACUGCUGCACAGCGGAAAUCACAUAAAAAUGAUUCAACUAUUCAAAUUAUUUUCAUUACAACGGCUUGUGUUGUAGCCUGUCUUGUGAUCAUCAUUGUUGCUAUGAUUUGUUAUCGUAAGAAGAAAAAUGCUAAUAAAAUGGAGAUACAUUACAUCUCGGGCGCUGGCGAUGUUAAGAUAUUUGCACCCGAAGACCGAAAUCCAACUAAUAGUAAGAAAGAUGCAUAUAUGAAAUUUGAAAGUAAAAAUUUUGAAGAUUGGACUGAAGAUGAGGACGGCGAUCAUUUUGAUGACCAACAAGAAAGUCAAAGAGAAUACAAAACAUUUUUCCGAAUAGGUGAUAAGGAGCGGCUAGUUGCUGAGGCCGUGUAGAUAUUUUAGACAACACACCUAUAAUUCUUCGGCUUCUAAGUCUGUAUAUGGCUUGAUUUUUUAAAAUAUUUAUGAUUAAACACUAGCUAUUUCGUAUUUUCGUCGAAGAAGUUUUACAUCUUCAGAAAUACAAAAUCUCGAUGAACUCUUGUAGUAUUUCAAACUGCCAUUCAUCAUGCUUUUUAAGGCAACUGUUGUAUAUUCAAUGUAAA